AUGACUCUCCCAACAACCUCAGCAAUCACCCUCUCCAUCCUAACAUCCCUAGGCGGCGCAAUCGGCUACGCCCGCACAGGCUCAAUCCCAAGUAUAGCAGCCGGCCUCUCCGUAGGCUUCGUGUACUUGCUAGCCUUCCUGCGCCUCCGCACUGGCCAAUCCUACGGCGAGGAACUCGGUCUACUGGCAUCUGCAGUGCUGGGUGGUAGCUCUAUCCCGCGUGUGAUCAAGACUGGCGGCAAGCCGGUGCCGCUUGGCUUGUCGGUUCUGGCUACUUACGGGCUUGUCAUCUUUGGCUUGGCUUUUCGGGAGAAGAGGGCUGCUUGA